ACGGUAAUUUUACAGGCAUUUGACAUUCGUCACCAAGGCGCCACCUAGGGGACAGCAAGAAAGCACAGCAUACUUUUUGGCAUGGAAUGAGAUAUAUAUAUGAAUGAGUAUAUUUCAACACCAUAUUAGCAAAAGAUCUAGUUUAAAAUUUCAUAAAAACUUUGGAAUAGCUUUCAAACUUUUUGAAAUAAUCAAAAUUAGCUGCUUUCAUUUUCCUAAACAUGAACAUUAACCCAAUAAUCCGAUCUAUUCUCAGCCACUUCAGAGGCCGUACCAUCAGAAGUUAUCUGGUUGUCUUGCCCGAUCACACUCGCAUAGAAAAGCAGUUAAAGCUGGAGGAUCUGCGAACAAAACGUGGAGCCUUGGAUCUGCGAUCUCAUGACCUGACACUCCAGCAAAAGCGCGUGGAGUCCAAUCUAACCGAUCUAACCCGCUGCAUCAGGGGCAUGGAGUUCGAUGUGAAGGUGCAAUCCAAGCGCGGGAGGAAGGAGAGAAAGCAGGCCCAGCCAAGUGAUAAGAAAUCACCCAAGGUCGGUGAUUUUAGCGAAUAGCAAAAUCCCCCUGUGUGCUUCCC